AAGACUUCAACAACUUGAGUGUGCAGUGUGUGUUGCGUUUUGAUGCAAAACAAGCAUUAAAAACCACUGUUACGAUCUACCCGCCUCUCUGACGUGGAGCAGUAUCAAGGGUCAAAGGUUAAAGGCCAACAAAAAGCACUUGCUCAGGACACCAUUCAGCGCCACCAACUGACCGAGGACAACUCCAUCAGCACUUGCAGUGGAACGUAUCUUUCAUGAGGGAAAUGUAACAAAAGAGGCAUAUUCACGGAUCAGGCGUUUAAUAUGACCAUGAUCUUGUGGGGUCUAGAUGCCUGGAGAGUGAUUUGCCAAUAAAGAUGGUGACAGCCUUUGUGGAAGGCUGGGAUUUUGUCCAGACUCUAGGAGAAGGGGCCUACGGAGAGGUGAAGCUGGCGGUGAACACAGAGACACAGGAAGCUGUGGCCGUGAAGAUCAUCGAUCUUGAGAGAACACCUGGAGCAAUGGAUAAUGUCCGCAAAGAGAUUUGUGUUCAUAAGCUUCUAAACCACGAACAUAUCAUCAAGUUUUACGGCUGUCGUAAAGAGGGCAGUAUACAGUACUUAUUUCUAGAGUAUGCCAGUGGUGGAGAGCUGUUUGACAGAAUAGAGCCUGAUGUGGGAAUGUCAUUGCCUGAUGCCAGCAAGUAUUUCAAACAGCUCAUAGGUGGAGUAGAAUAUUUACACUCACGGGGUGUAACCCAUCGUGACCUGAAGCCUGAAAAUGUCCUUCUGGAUGAUUUUGACAACCUGAAGAUUUCCGACUUUGGACUGGCUACAGUGUUUCGUCACCAGGGUCGUCAGCGAAUGAUGGAGAAGUGCUGUGGAACAGUUCCAUACCUGGCCCCCGAGGUUCUUGUCAGGAAGCCAUACCAUGCUCAGCCCGCAGACAUAUGGUCAUGUGCCAUCAUACUGGUCGCUCUGCUGGCUGGAGAACUACCGUGGGAUGAGCCAUCAUAUGCUUGUCAGGAAUAUUGCGACUGGAAGGAAGGGAAGAUAACUCUCAAUCCAUGGAAGAAAAUAGAUAAUCUGGCCUUGUCUUUGAUACGAAAGAUCUUGGUAGAAAAUGCUAGCAAAAGAUAUACUAUUCCUGAUAUACAGAAGCAUCAGUGGUUUAAGAAGAAUUUCAACAAGCAGAAGGGGGCGUUUAGCAGGUUCCCGUCCAAUUCCCCCUCCCAGUCACCCACAUGUACUGCUCCGUUUAAACGUUUCUGCUCAAGACAAGAUUUAUCGCCACCUGGAGCUGGGAAUGGGAAGAUCUCGUGUUCACAGCCUGAGGCACGUCUGCUGGCUCCCCCUGGUGACAGCCUGGCAGAGAGAGUGGAGGACGGGGCAAACACAAUCAGCUUCUCCCAGCCCCUCCACCCUGACCAAAUGUUCCUGGGUAGCCAGUUUGUGGGCACACCUGGCUCCUCACAGACACCACUACAAAGACUAGUUAGGAGGUUGACUCGUUUCUUUGUUAAAACAAACAAAGAUGACACAGUGCUACAUCUGAGCAAGGCUUUUGAUAGGCUGAACUACCUCUGGAAGAAAAACAACAGAUCUUUGCUAACAAUGUCCACAACAGACAGGAGAAACAUGCCCCUGGUGUUUAAGGCUAGUCUCUUGGAGAUGGGAGAGAAUCUCAUGGUUGACUUCAGAUUGUCAAAGGGGGAUGGUCUGGAAUUUAAGCGACAGUUCAUGAAGAUAAAGGCUGAAAUGAGCUCUGUUGUGUGCAAGGCAGCAGUGACUUGGCCCAUGGCUCCCUCUCAGGCACGUUGAUCAAGGGCCCUGUUCUCACCCAAGAUUAUUUUCCUUCUUCUUGAUGACUGGUUCAUGGUCAAGCUGGGGAGGAUACCCAAGAAGAGUCAUCGGAAG